CAGUGAAUAACUGAACGAAUUUAUACAAUUAGAGAAAAUAUUAAAGUUCCUUAAUCAAUUAUAUAAAUACAAACCUUGUCUCUCCAAUCUUCUCCCAAAAAAAAUUAUUAAAAUCUUUAAAAAUGAUUAAUUAAAAAAUAUCCAAUGGAAUACUAAUCAGCUAUUGAAGAUUUUCAAAAUACCUCCUUAAAUGCAACUGUUUAUAAUUCCUCACUUCCUGAUUUUCCGUCUGAGUUUCAUAGAAACUGUCGAGUUGCUCAUUGUUGAUAUUACACUUUCUUAUAACGGGCAAGAACGAAAAUAACAGAUUUAUAAUCAUCACAAAACAGCUCCAUAAUCACUAUUGAUGUGCUAAAUCGGCAUACCAUAUACCGAUUUCUUCCAUUUAUACAUACCGUCUUAGCUUACCUAGUACUAAAAAGGGUCUAUACCAAGAGCCAACUUUAAGGCAUUUUCAUUAACAAAAACUAUCGUUUCUGCAUGUCAAAGCUGUUGAAGGGUCUCAAACUUGGAUUAGGUUCUCAUAUUUCUAGUAACUUUAACGCUUUUUUACCUUCUACUUUCUUAAGUCGUUAUUAUAAAAUGUCGCAUAUUAAAAGUUCUUCUCAGCAUGUUACUGUUGCACUUGAUGACACAGAAAUCAAAAUAUGCAACCUUCUUGACGCAGUAUCGCGACAAUGUCCGGAAAACAAAACACCGACUUUACGUAUUGCUGGAGGUUGGGUUCGUGACAAGCUUCUAUCGAUUCCUUGUCAUGAUAUAGACGUUGCUGUUGAUUGCAUGUCCGGCUUCGAGUUUGCCCAGCUGGUUCACAGAUACUGUGAGCAAAACAAUAUUCAAAAUAGUGGUCGUGUAGUAAGAAUCGAUGCCAAUCCUUCUAAAUCAAAACAUUUGGAGACCGCUACUGGCCGUUUGUUCGGAAUAGAUGUCGAUUUCGUCGGAUUACGCUCGCAUGCUUACACACAUCAUUCUGAAGAGAACAAGUUUGGAACCCCGCUCGAAGAUGCGCUCCGGAGAGACACUACAAUUAAUUCUUUAUUCUACAAUAUCCAUACACGCUCUGUUGAAGAUUUCACAGAAAUGGGUUUAGAGGAUCUUGAAAAAAAAGUGAUUCAGACACCUCUACCAGCUAUGGAAACAUUUUCUGAUGACGCCCUGCGUGCCGUUCGCUGUAUUCGUUUUGCAAGCAAGUUUCAGUUCAGCAUACAUCCUGAAACACAAGCCGGCAUUCAAAAUCCAGCGGUGCAGCAUACUCUACUCCACAGUAUAAGUAGAGAGAGGAUUGGAACAGAAGUGGAGAAGAUGCUUAAAAACAAAAAUGCAAAGCUUGCUGUUGAUUUAAGCUAUCAAUUACACAUUGCUGACGCUAUAUUUGGUCCGCUUCCUGAUGUUCAGUCGAAACUUCAAGGAACCAAAUCCGCGACAAACAUUGAUAUCUUUUCAGCGACAAGUCUCUUCCAACAGUUAAUUGUUUCGGACCCUGCAUAUAAAAAUCUUUCAGUCGACGAUAUAUAUAUGAUGUGGUUGGCUAUAGCCUUUCUUCCGUGGCGAUAUGUAACUCUUGCUCAAGGCAAACAAUACAAGACGCUUCCUUAUUUUUUGGCAAAAGAAAGUCUUAAAUUGGGAAACAGUGUUGCAAAUUAUCAAGAUUACCUUUACUCAAACACAGACAGUAUCACAGACUCGGUGAAUCGGGCACACAAAGCGGCUUACGAACUACCGGCAUCUUUUUAUGGUGUAUUAAUCCGCUCGCUUGAUGCUAAUUGGAAACAGGCCAUCUUGUGGGCACAGUAUUUAGAAUUUUUGAAACAGCCUGAUAACAAAGAUCAAGUCAAACAGAAGUACAUGGGUUUCUUUAAUAAAGUACAAGCACUACAACUUGAAAAUGCAUACCAGCUAAAACCCGUUCUUAAUGGAAAACAAAUUGCCAGUUUACUAAAAAUCAAAGCCGGACCCCAAAUCAAGGACCUACUUUCUCAGCUUAUUGAAUGGCAAUUUGACCACACAAAUGCUUCCAUAGCAGAGUGCGAGCAAUUUGUUAAAGGGUUAAUUACACAAUAAGAGUUAACUUUCACUCUGCGAUUUUUAGGCAUAGAAACAAUAUCAUUAUCAUUAUAAAUAUCGAUUAUACAUAUAAAAGG